UAGCUUUCGUCCUCGGAAUAUACUGAUAAAUGUGCAUACAUGGAUACAUGUACUAUGUCACCCACACGACUGAUCGAUCCGCCAGCAAUUCGUGGUAAUCGACUAGGGACAAACGGAGGACAGACUAUGCUCUCUAUGUUCUGUUGGGUUCGAGCUACGAACGUAAUAUUGCUUCAAUAACUCUCCACAGCUUCGCCCAGAUAAAUAGCGACCCCGUUCUUGCAUUCGAGUGAGAUGAUGGGUUGCACCUUCCGCUCUCACGCCGAUGUCGAGACUUUUCUCUCACCUAACAAACCAGCAGCCCGCCAAAGCCGUUUGCGCGUAGCCCAUGAAGUCAAACUCACUUUUAUUCUAUUUACUCCGCAUCUUCUGAACCAACUUUUUCCUUCAGUCCACUCUCGUCUUCCAGCGGCUCGCUCGUCCACAAGGAUAAGCAGUAACAAGCAAACAUGACAACCGCGAACACGGAGCGGCCAGAGGAUGUACUGGCUCCAAAUGGAGUCUCUAGCAGUACUGGGGUCACUCUUCCUGGCACCGGUGCAGAUGAAGACCAUCCCCAAGGUGCAGUUAUCCGCCAACAGGUUGAGUAUUACUUUUCCGACGAGAAUCUUCCUACGGAUCUCUACCUGUUGCAAAGUUGUGGCGGGCGCGAGAACCUCCCUGUCAAGAUCAAAAGCAUCUGCGGCUUCAAGAAGAUGAGGAGCUACAAACCUCGGGGCCUCGUCGUUGCAGCUCUCCGCAAGAGCCCGUUCCUCGAAGUUUCCGCCGAUGGUAAGACUAUCAAGCGCAAGAUACCUCUCCAAGGGAAGUGUGUCCUCGAUCCAGACUUCCAUGACGAUGACGAUAUUGCCUACGACCCGCGUACGGCCAAGCCACCUGUGAACCCAGUUACAAUGCUCCCACAGACGAAGGCAAAACUUCCACCAGGUAUGAGCAAGAACAUGUUGAAGCCCACCGGAUUUGAGAAGGCGUAUGUUGAGGCGCCCCAAACUCCCCAAGAAGCUGCCGAAGAGGAGGCCUUGUAUGACCCGGACAAGCCCUUCCUCGAGCGCAUCGAGAUUGCGAUCCAGCGCUUCAAGCAGAAGCGACGCAUGCACGAGAUGUAUGCCCAUGUCUUUGAUAAGCUAAUGCGUUUUGGAGGUGUCGAGUCCGGACCACGCAUGUAUCAGGGACUCUCUAAGCAGGAGAUGGCUGACAUGGAUGCGGAGGAGCUUGUUAGGGCGCUCGCGACUCACAACGUACCUUGGGAUCGUGCAGAUGAGAAACAGUGGGUUGUCGACUUCGUCGGUGUUGCCAAAGCCUUCCUCUCGUCGUGGUACCCUGCUCACUACGGUUACGCAUCCAACGCGAUCAAGAACGCUUGCCAAGUUCCCCGCUCUUUCUACAAUUACCUGCUGUAUCAUAGCGUCUGCCCCGAGUACGCCGGUCAACUCGAAGUCGCUCGCAAAUUCUGUGACACCGCUGAGCAAGAGUUACCUAAGGUCCACGCGGUCGGUCUCGUACUCCCCGGAGACUUCAACAAGUCUGCAAGCGCCAUCUUCGGUGGUGCACAAGCUGGAUUGUAUACGGCCGACAAAUCCUGGGCUGAGGAGUUAAAGAAAGAGGGCAUUAACCUCGAGGAGAUUGGCAUCCGAGAUGAAGAGGCGAAGAUCAAGUUCACUACAGGAGUGGCCAUCAUGGGAUCCGAUGAGCAAUAUGAGAUGGUAGAGAGCUUCAAGGUCCUCAAAACCGAAUCCGUGGGUCUUGAGGUUAUCGCCAUCCACCCUCCUGAUGAUCUCACGAAGACAUCCUACGCUCAGCUAGGCAAGGCUCUACAGCACAAACUCAAACGGCUCGAGCCACUCGGCAAACUCGUUUGCAAGGCCUGGUACGCCGAAGAUUGUGACGAGUGGGAUCUUCCCAGUGACAAGCUCAAGUACCCAGAUGGCAAGCCGGGCAAAGCUGACGACGGUAGGGAAUACUGUUUCUGGCUCGAGGGGAGCGUAUUAGAAGUGUGCUUCGUAGGCAUGAAGAUGGAUGCUAAGGUCCUCACGCUUGAAGGUGGCCUGACUAUCCUCGACAACAUUACAGAAGUGAUGUGUAGCUUCUUCACGUGGACUGCUAAUGAGCUCUGGAUGGAGAGGAAGCCAAAGGAGGUGAGGUGGCUGAAGAAAGGUAUGGGCACAGAUGAGGAGGAAAAGGAAGAAGGCAAGAUGGAUGGGAAGAAGCAGGACACCACGGACAAAGGUGCUGCCUCUGAUGACGAGUUUGACGACGAGUGAGAAGAGAUGAGCCAAGAGUGAGCCAGCGCAUCUGCGACUAAACGGCACUCAAAAUACUGCUCUGUUCGGAUCGGACGGCACCAGCAUAGGCUAGGUUCUGACAUGAAUGCGAUUUGUCCGAUUUAUUAGACUCUUGGGACACAAGUUCCGAGACAGGAGAAUGAUCAUCGUAGUGGCACGCUGCAGUCUAGUUCCAAGAAGCGACCAGAAACAAUCUACCCG